AUGAGAAAUAACAGCUAGUAAAAGGAGAGUAUUUCAUAAUUAAAAGAAGUAAUUAAAUUAAUUCUAAUUUGAGACUAUUCAUAAAUUGCAAUAGAGGGAUGCUUCAUAAAGAUUGGAAAUAGCAAAAUUAAGAAGAUUAUUAUUAGAAAGAAAUCAAGAAUAUAAGUUAGUAUCUGAAUAAAUGUAAGAUUUAUAAAGAGUAUAGCAAAGAGUAAUAAAAAAAUAGUAUCAUUGAUAGGAUAAUCAAUACAUAUUGAAAAUUGACAAUUAUGUAGUUAAAUUGAAAUAGAAAUUGUAAAAAGCAAACAUCAAGAUUGAAUCACUUGAAUCAAAGUUCUCCUCUUCCAGAGUCAAAUAAAAUAAUAUCAUCAUCGACGAAUCCUUUAAUGUAAACGACUCAUUUCAAACUGAACAUUCCCCAAUAUCUACUAAGUAUCCAAUCCUUAAAUAAACAUCUAAUCGUUCAAAUAAAGCACAUUCUGUUAAUAAGCCUAAAUUAAUUUGUAAACCCAUAAAAGUCCAAUUGCCAUAUCCUAAUAAAAGUUAUACAGAAAAUUAAGAAAUUAUAGAAAAUAAUUCUCUCAUUAAACCAUGUCCAUUACAAGAAUAAAUUCUUAACAGAAUACUCGAUGAUGAAGAAUUCAUGAAUAACUUCAGUAAUCAGUUUGAUUAGAUGCAAACAGAUUUAUUCUCAUAUUAGAAAAGCCAGACUCAGCCUCUCAAUUUCUCAUGCAACUCAAGAUAAAGUAAUUUCAGUUUUGUGAAUAGCGAAAAAAAGUAAAGUCGGAAUGAUAAACAAUACAAAUAACCUAAUCGAUAAUGUAUUUGGAUUAUUAUAUUAAAUUUUAGACCAUUCAAUAUCAAUUGAGGAGAAGGAAAAUAAUAGCAAAUAUUUUAAUUGA